AUGCUUCUGGUUGCUAUGGAAAAUGAGAGAAGGAGAAUAUUGUUUGAGCGAAGAGGCGAGCUGGCACGGGGUGAGAAGGAGAAGCAGAAGAAGAAGCAGAAGAAGAAAAUGAACGAGCAGGAGGAGGAGGAGGAGGAGGUCGUUCUCGAGAGAUGGCUCAUCCAUCCUGUCAAGUUCAGGAGACCGCGGCGCUUCGAGAAUCCAGGAUGCGCCUCGUCGGAUUCAACGCGAAUGAAUAGAGUGGUACGGGCGCGCGGGAGGGGGGGGGGGGGGGGCAGCGAGAGGGAAGGGAAAAGGAUAUACGCGAGAGGCUCGCACCGGGGCAAACGGCGCAAAAGCAAGGCCGACACGAGUCAGAAGAGAAGGAACAGUAAAAUUGUGGAGAAUGUGUCUCUCUGGCCUAGAUUCGAGUCAGAAGACCUGCUUUCUAGGCAGCAUUUCUCUUUAUCACCGCGAACGGAGCGUGCAUUUUCAUCCUGUCGCGUUUUCAUCUACUUUAUGCGUCCACCACUUUCGUACGGGGAGCGUGUAUAUACUACAACAACAAAAACGCUCAACGACUCAAUAAAUAAUGUCUCGCGCGCUUGAGACUCGCAGGCUAAAUGGAUCGCGAAAUUUCAAAGAGAAAAGUCUGUGUACGCACAC